UUUAAUGAAAAUUAGGAUUUGGCUUGAAAUUUUCCUUUGAGGAUUUCUGAUGCUGGGAGUAGCUAAAGCAGAAGAGGUUUUUGGGGAGGAACCUUAUGAGGUCAUUCAGCUUAAUGAUGAUAACUUUGAGCAUCUUACUCAAGCAGCAACCGGAGCAAUGAAAGGAGACUGGUUCGUCAAAUUUUACACUCCUUGGUGAGGGCAUUGCCAAGCAAUUGCUCCAACAUGGGCUCACCUUGCUAUGAAAAUUGGGAAGGAAGUCAAUGUAGCUGAGCUGAAUAUAGAUGAAUGACCGAAUACGGCUGAAAGGUUUAAUAUCAGAGGGUUACCAACUCUUCUUUUGCUCAGAAAAGGGAAGUUUUAUAAAUAUACAAACAAGGAUCGUCCAUUAGAAGCUCUAGAAGCAUUCACAAUGGGAGGUUAUGCUAAAUCUAAAGUUCAGGGGAAUAUUCCUGGAGAGCUAACAACCCUGGAUCUUGCCUUGAAAAUUAUAAGAAAGACAUAUUAUGAACUAAUCUUUGGGUUUGAAACUAUCUUCGAUGUGUUAGGAAAAGGACACCUUCCUUGGUACAUUAAAAUAUUUAUUACAACAGUGAUUCUAUUCUCUCCAGCUAUUGUAUUAGUAAUAUGUAUAUAUGCUUGAGAAAAUAGAUAUCUUGCCAGAAAGCAAGCUCAACUUCAGGCUCAGACCCAGAAAGAUAAUACUCUCUCAGAAAAGCCAUCAUCUAAUCGCAGAAAGCAGAAAAUUGAUUAAAAUAAUGAAAA